UCUCGCCGCCAGUCGUACUCAGUUCCUGCCACAUCGCCGUCCUCGUUUCGGUUCCCACCGUCAGUCCGUGGUCCUCUGUUCUCGCCUCCUUGACGUCCUCCGUGCUUGCCGCCUUGCCGUACUCAGUUCCUGCCGUUGGUUGUUUCAGUUGCGAAAUUGGACCCACAUCGGCUAUUUCAAGGGGUUCGGGUGCACACAUUGCUAUGAGAAUGGCAUCCAGUAGCAGGGGUCAAGGCGGAAUUCAACAGCUGUUGGCUGCUGAACAAGAAGCACAGCAGAUUGUGAAUGCUGCAAAGAAUGAAAAACUGGCUAGGCUGAAACAGGCCAAAGAUGAGGCUGAAAAGGAGAUUGCUGAACAUCGAGCUCAGCUUGAGUACCAGUUUCAGAAGAAAGUUUCAGAGAGUAGUGGAGAUUCUGGUGCUAAUGUCAAGCGACUUGAGCAAGAAACUGAGUCAAAGAUCCAUCACCUGAAAUCCGAGUCUUCAAGAAUAUCGGGGGAUGUUGUCAGCAUGCUCCUCAGUUAUGUAACAACUGUGAAAAAUUAGAAUCCUUGAUGAUACAUUCAUUGUUGCCGCAAAUUCCUGGUGUAUGUAUAUGCCGGAUAUUAUGACGGUGUGAUUGUUGAUUUUAGUUUGUCUUGGGUGGAUAAGAUUCCUGUUUUGGGUACUAUGGUAGGUACCUCAAUGCUAUGUAUGCAAAAUAAGUUCAUAUUUGCUAUAAUAAACAGAAUAGAUUUAGUAGACCUUUUCUAUUGGUAUCACCA